UCGGGUUUUUUUUCUAACGCCAAACCAAUCAAACCAAACCAUAAGUCGAUUUUUUUUCUCAGUUCGGUUUGGUUCGUCGGUUCGGUUUGGCUUGACGGUUUGGUCUGUACACCCCUAAAGUCCGGUAGUCAAUGCUCCAACUCAAAUAGCAGCUGCACAUGGAAUCCUGUGUGAAUUAGCAUGAACAAAGUUUAGUAGUUGAAAGCAUCACUAUCUCACAUUCCCAUGUGAAAUCUCAUGUGAAUAAGAUGGUGUAAGUCCGGUAGUCAAUGCUUUGACCAAAUAGCAGCCGCACAUGGAAUCCCGUGUGAAUCAACAUGAACAAAGUUUAGUAAAUGAAAGCAUCACUAUCUCACAUUCCCAUGUGAAAUCUCAUGCGAAUAAGAUGGUGCAAGUCCGGUAGACGGUAGUCAAUGCUCUGACUCAAAUAGCAGCCGCACAUGGAAUCCCGUGUGAAUCAGCAUGAACCACGCACAGCUAUUGGUAUUUUAAUUAUGGAAGUACUGAAUUAUGUCUAAAUAGAACGAGUUGACUUAUCAUGGUAUUUGAGAAGGUUGAUCACAUAAGAUGCAUUACUUUAAAAUAAGUAGGAUGCACUCUUCCACUUUCCACAUCUAGAUGCUUUAGUUAACAUAGGUUAUCAACCAGGAAAAUCAUUCUAUUUAAUUUCUGUUCCUCAUUACCCUUUCAAACUUUUGUGAAAAUAGCCUCUUGCGGAAAUGCAAGGUAAGGCUGAAACUUUCAAAGUUCACUCUGCAAUUUGAAGCACCAUUCACUUCUUGUACUAGCUUUUGGAUAUUUUACUAAGAAAAUUCAAACUUGUUGUAAGUCAUAUGUUGUAGCAACUGCUCUAAGUUCUUCACAUACACGAGAUUGUUUGGUUAGACUUUUACUGCUCUAAGUUCUUCACAUACACGAGAUUGUUUGGUUAGACUUUUACUCAUUCUCCAAGAUUUCCAACUAUCAACUCUUGUGGGUAGUAGUUGUGCAUCAGUCCUCGUGUAGCUGAACAUCCAAAAAGACCAGCUAAACAUAAUUGGCUUGGUCAGUCUUUACCUGACCAACAACCUAAUACUAGGCACUAGGCUGGCUCCUUAAACAAUUUUUUUAGCUUUCUUCACGAUUUGACCCGUACUAUUUGGCAGAUUCCCAUGUAUUAAUUACACACUCGUUCGACAAUGGAAAGGACAUUGACUUAAAGAUCCAUGCCCAAGAGUUCUUUAACAAUACUAACAUUAAAGAUCCAUGCCCAAGAGUUUCUUUAACAAUACUAACAUUUUUGAAAAGUUGCAUAAACCCAUUUUGUGUAGACCUGUCUGGUUCAAUGGUAAACGAAAAUCUCUUAUAUCAUAUUUCAGUGAAGAAAUAUGAAAGGACCUGCAAGUGGUCAUUGUUUUGGUAUCCUCUUUUCCCCCCUUAACUUAAGGCUGAAGUGAGAGCAAUUCACCACAAAUUUAGCAUCAUCUUGCCCAUGGCUAUGAAACACCAAGUUUACUUGUAUGCAAUAAGAAAUUCACAAGUCCAUUGCUUUAGCUUCAACAAAUACCUUGCAGGCUCCUUUUGCUGAAGCCUUCACCUUAAAGAUUAAAGCCUCGGUACUUUCAAGAUAGAAGGUCACUUUCAAGCAGAAAUUUUGGAUUGGAAAUCAGAAGAUAGAUGAGUUAGAUGACUAACAAAUAAUUCAGUUCUGUUUGUGGCAACUUUUCACCUACAACUCUCACCAAGAAAUUUCAGCAACACUUAUAAAAACAUGAGCUUUUGUCCUAAUCAGGAGUCUCCGAAUCAAUCUAAGAGAUUCAAAUUCCUUGUCUCAACCGUCAAGGAUGCAUUUACCAACUGCCAUUCUCUUCAGGAAAGAAGAAAAUCAAGUCCAGAACAAGAAGAAGAAGAAGAAGAUCCAAUAUGUGACGAUGAAGUCUAUGAUGAUGAAGAGGAACAGGUAUUUAUAUCAGCAGUGAUAAGUCAAUACAUGGAGUUGAAAUGCAGAAGAAAGACGACCAUCGCAACUGACAAGUUUACCUGGGCUUUCUCUCCGUCAACCGAAGAUUUAUUCAUCUCUACAAGACCAAGACAAAAAGAAGAGGACAACGAAGAUCAAGAAAAGGAAGAAAGGGAAGAUUUUUACUCUGUUGCUAGUCGUCUUUCUCCCUGCUCAAGUGCCACAAGCUUCGAGGGUUUUGUCACAGCUAGGACGAUCUUUUCACGAUCAUCAAGCUUAGACAGGAUUGACUUCCAUGAUCCCUGGAGGCAUUCUGUUAUUCAAGAAUUAUCUGACUGUAAAGGAUGGCCAUUUGGUCUAUACCGAAAAGCCUUGUUCCUUCCACCUUUGCCAAAAUCACCAUCUGAUUCUUGGUCAUGGCGUAAGAGUGCAAGAAUGGUUAAGAUGCACUGAUAACUAGCCUUUCAAAUCAAUUACCUCUAUUCCAGGACGCAAUUUACGUUUCGACG